AACGUUCGUUUGAGGGAAGUAGAGGUGGCAGGGCUCUCUGAUCGAGGCGAGUUUAUUCGCGAUAGUUUGCCAGCGCACACGAAACCGAUCGCAGCCCCAAAUUUCUCGUCUCUUCGAGAAGAUACUGAUAAAAAAACGUUCAGACAUAACCUCUGAAUUCGAAGCGAUUCGAUCAAAUAAUUAACACGAUCUGCGCGAAAACGAACCGAGAUGGAUUCUGUAAUGAAGCUCUCAACGAGCUCACGAUGUAUCAAGUACCUUAUGUUCAUUUUCAACCUUUUGUUCGUGAUAAGUGGCAUAAUUUUGCUCUCCAUUGGAGCAACUAUUCAUGCUGUAUUCCGUAGCCAUCAACAUUUCCUUGACAACAGUUUUCUCUCUGUACCAAAUCUUUUGAUUGCUAUCGGCACUAUUAUUUUCUUCAUCGCAUUCUUUGGAUGUUGCGGCGCAGUAAAGGAAAAUUACUGCAUGAUACUCACGUUUGUUUCACUCAUGGUCCUCGUAUUCAUUCUUGAGUUGGCCGGUGGAAUUUCUGGCUAUGUAUUGAGGAACGAAGCACAGGAGGUUGUUAGGGAAAAAAUGUUGGAAACGUUGCCAAAGUAUCAGAAUGGUUCAGAAAUUUUCAACAUGUGGGAUCAACUUCAAGCAGAUUUUCACUGCUGCGGCGUUGAUGGUGCAGAGGAUUGGGUGAAGCACUUGGUUACCAACAAUAGCCAGGUGCCCAUGUCUUGCUGCCUUCCUCAGAAUGGGAUCAUUGGUGAAGCCACUUGCAACGUAAACUCGACAAAUUUGUAUCAUGCCGGGUGUUUUACUAAAUUUGUAUCAUUUAUUGGUGGUCAUGCCGUACAACUUGGAGGCGUUGGAUUGGGAAUCGCAUUCAUUCAGCUCACAGGAGUUAUGAUCAUUUUCGUUGGCACCAAAACACUCCAUAUAUUCAACGAUUUUUAUUACUUCCUCGUACCGAUCUACUUCUCCCCAUCCACGUUGCUCAUCGUAGUGGGUGUGCUCACUUUCGUUAUCGCAUUUUUCGGAUGCUGCGGCGCUCUUAAGGAGAGCACUUGUAUGGUUCUCGUCUUUGCAGUGUCGCUUUCUUUAGUCCUCGCACUCGAAGUAGCCGCAGCAAUAACAGCCUACGUCCUCCAGGAUGGAGUAGUUGAUUAUUUGAGUCACAAAAUGACGUCGAUGACAAACGAUUACACCAUCGUUCCAGGAGUCAGAGAGGCUGUUGACUUCAUGCAAUCAACGCUUCACUGUUGCGGAGUUCACGGUCCCGAAGAUUGGUCCUACGUAAACGAGGCACUCAAGACCCCCGCGUCUUGCUACCGUUGGCACGCCAUGGAUGAGAACAAUGUCAUAAGAGACAUAGGACUUUACGAAACUGGAUGCAUUUACAGUCUCUCGAUGCUCGUUCAUCGGAGCGCCUUGAAUCUCGGAACCGCUGCCAUGGCAAUUGCUCUUAUUCAGUUGACGGGAAUCAUGUUUGCGUGCACUCUCGGCCGUGCAAUAAGACGCCAAAAAACAAAUCGUGAGAGACGAAGGUGGGAACUCCGCCAGAGUUUGGUCAACGGUUAUCAUCCAUUGGGAAAGACUGAUCCCCAAACGACUUUCCCAGUUAUUUACAUGCAGCCAGACUUCACAACCAAAACGCCCGUUCAAUAAGAACAUCAAGAAGCGUGACAAAAUCGAAUAAAUGAUUAUUACUAUAAAACAAUAUUUUUCCGAAGUGAUAAAAAGUAUUUCUACACAUUUUGCAUAAAUUAUGAUACAUAUUUAUAUCUUCGUGUACUGAUAUAUCCAUAAAAGAAUCUUCAAUUUGUUCACAAAAUGUUGACCAGCAGGAAAACGAAAAAUAAAGUUUAUUUUGUCUCUA